GGACAAACUGCUAACAAUAUUCCCCCCGACUCAAGAACCUGUUCAGACGUGCACUGGCACCGAGCUGUCGAGAUGGCCGACAAUAGAGAUAAAACCACUGAUCAAAUGAAGAUGUGGAAGGCCACCAGAACCUCCCAGCGGCCAGACACACUGACGACAGGGGCUGGUCAUCCCGUUGGCGAUAAGCUGAACCUGCAGACAGCAGGGCCCAGGGGACCUCUGCUGGUCCAAGAUGUGGUCUUCACAGAUGAGAUGGCCCACUUUGACAGGGAACGGAUCCCAGAGAGAGUGGUGCAUGCCAAGGGUGCAGGGGCGUUUGGCUACUUUGAGGUGACUCAUGACAUCACCCGCUACUGCAAGGCCAAGGUGUUUGAGCAUCCCGGCAAGGUCACACCUAUCGCUGUCCGCUUCUCCACUGUGGCUGGGGAGUCGGGAUCAGCAGACACUGUGCGGGAUCCCAGAGGCUUUGCCGUCAAGUUUUACACUGAUGAUGGAAACUGGGACCUGACGGGCAACAACACCCCCAUUUUCUUCAUCCGGGAUGCCAUGCUGUUCCCAUCCUUCAUCCACUCCCAGAAGCGAAAUCCACAAACCCACAUGAAAGAUCCCGACAUGGUGUGGGACUUCUGGAGCCUGAGGCCUGAGAGUCUGCAUCAGGUGUCUUUCCUUUUCAGUGAUCGAGGUUUGCCUGACGGCUACCGUCACAUGAACGGCUACGGCUCACACACCUUCAAACUGGUCAAUGCUCAGGGACAAUGUGUCUACUGCAAGUUCCACUUCAAGACGGAUCAAGGAAUAAAGAAUAUGUCAGUGGAGGAGGCAGAACAGCUGGCAUCCAGCAACCCAGAUUAUGCUAUUGGAGACCUGUUUAAUGCCAUUGCCAAUGGCAACUUCCCGUCCUGGUCCUUUUUCAUCCAGGUCAUGACCUUUGAGCAAGCUGAGAAGUUCCAGUUCAACCCCUUCGAUCUUACCAAGGUUUGGUCCCAUAAAGAAUACCCUUUGAUCCCCGUGGGCAAACUUGUUCUCAACAGGAACCCAGUGAACUAUUUUGCAGAGGUGGAGCAGCUGGCCUUUGACCCAAGUAACAUGCCACCAGGCAUUGAGCCAAGCCCCGACAAAAUGCUUCAGGGUCGACUCUUCUCCUACCCGGACACACAUCGACACAGACUGGGUGCCAACUACCUUCAGAUCCCAGUCAACUGCCCAUUCAGAACCCGCGUGGCCAACUACCAGCGCGAUGGCCCGAUGUGUAUGUUUGACAACCAAGGUGGUGCUCCAAACUACUUUCCCAACAGCUUCAGUGCCCCAGAGACUCAGCCUCAGUGUGUGGAAUCCAAGUUCAACGUAACUUCAGAUGUUGGUCGUUACAACAGUGGAGAUGAAGAUAAUGUUACACAGGUUCGUACCUUCUACACCCAGGUGUUGAACGAGAAGGAGCGUCAGAGACUUUGCCAGAACAUGGCUGGGGCACUGAAGGGGGCCCAGCUCUUCAUCCAGAAACGCAUGGUGGAGAACUUGAAGGCUGUCCAUCCUGACUAUGGAAACAGAGUUCAGACCCUUCUCAACAAGUAUAAUGCAGAGAGUCAGAAGAACUCUGUGCAUGUGUACAGCCGCCCAGGAGCCUCAGCCAUCCCUGCAGCCUCCAAGAUGUGAUGCCUUAAAUUUCUAUAAAGAUAAUUUCUCUAAUAUGUGCAAGUGUGAUGACCAACUGCUACUAUCACUGACAAGAUUUCUCAACAAGAUUUAAACAUAAAACUUGUAUUGUCAAGGUUGGGCUUAGUUCAUUUUCAGUUCAAUCCAGUUGAUUUUUUUUAUUCAACAAGCUUCUGGAAUAGGUUCUCAUUUUGACCAAUUACUGUUUUGUUUGUACUGCUUAACAUUUGCCACUUAAAUCUUUCAAAGUAAUGAAAAUAUAUUGAUUGGGUGACGUAACAUUAAUCAAUCCUAACUUCUGUGGAGUAUUAUGAGGGUUAUUUUGUUUCCAUUUCCUCAGGAUGUGUCUAAACGACUCUGUUUAUGAUUCACUCCUUCAUUUGACAUGUUUAAUGAAUACAAAUACACCGUCAUUCCAAUUUAAAUCUGUUGCUAAAAGAAACUGAUAUUGUCAUAUCAUGUUGUUUAAAUUUUGAAUCAGGACUCGAUUUAUUAAUUCAGAUUAGUAACUUGGCAGUGGUUAACUUUUACAUUUAUUUGUUGAGAAUGUCCACUAGAGUUUUUCAACAUGAGGUGUUUCCUCUGUGCCUUCUUUGUGUAUAAACUUCAAAAUACAGAUGACUCAUCUGAAAUAAUCUGUUGUGAAGUUCUGUUGUAGACACAGAUUAGUAACAUACAGUUUGAGGAUCAUAUUGGCAGUUAAUCAAUUAAUUAAUUUCUGAUGUGAGAUAUUUACUGCUUAAAAUGCCGUCCUGUUAUGCCGUGUAACCCUAAAGAAACCAUAUUAUGCAUGAGAGGAGAAUGAAAUUGAUGCCAUCGAUCACUUUUAUCUUGAAGUAAACUGAAAAUUCUUCCCAGAAUCAUGCAAACAUAUUAUCGUCAAAUUCUGUUUCAAUGUAAAAUAGCACUUUUUCAUCUUUUUCUGGUGAUAAUCUUCUGCUUUUUUAAAAUUUAUGUUGAAGUUGCAAAAUAUGUUUAUUUUCUGUCUGCAUUAAUGAAUACAAAAUUAAUGUUA